AUGCUGUCUGCGAAUGAAUCACAUAUUAUCCAAGCAGUUGUUCCUCCGCAUAUUAAAAAUUCGACAUAUACUGUCGAACUGAGUCCUUUGGGAAUUAAUCGUUGCCCUCAAUCAUUACAGGAACUGAAACGAGCGAUAAAGUGUGUACUCGAGGCUUUAGUUGUGUUGCAUCGAUCGAAAUAUGUGCAUAGAGACAUUCGCUGGGAUAAUGUUAUACAGUCAUCAACCAAUAGUAUGGAUUGGAUUUUGAUCGAUUUAGAGCAUGCUGGUAAGGAAGGACCUCCAAAUGGUGUUGGUCCGAAUCAGGGCCCUUAUGAUUUUAAAUGCGAUCUUUAUCUUGUCGGCGAGCUCAUUAGAACUAGUGGUGUGGACUUGAGCCGUACUGACACAUCUUUUAUGAAUAAGCUUUUAGAGAUGGAGAGCCGAUUCACAACAAUGAAAGCACUUAAAAAUAUUUGGUUAACUUCUGAAUCCUAA